AUGAACGCCCUCCUCCGCGCCCUCGGCGCUGCCUCCCUCGCCGGGCUCGCCCUCUCCAGCCCAGUGGAGCUCGUCCGCGCCGACCAGCGCCCCAUCUACGCAAUCGCGCACCGCGUCCUCCGCAACACAGCCGUCUCAGCCGCGCUCUCCCACGGCGCCAACGCCAUCGAGAUCGACCUCCGAGCAUGGACAAAGGAGUGGUGGGCGGACCACGACGGCGGCGCCGACACCGCAGGCGCCACAGCGCGCGAGAUCUUCACCUUCAUCGCCGACCAGCGCAAGCAAGGCUCGGACAUCAGCUUCGUCUGGCUGGACAUCAAGAACCCCGACGACUGCGAGGCAGGACAAGGGUGCUCGAUCGAGGGACUGCGGGACCUUGUGCGCGAGACGCUCGAGCCAGCUGGUGUGCGCGCGCUGUACGGCUUCUUCGGCACGGAGGACUCGCGCGGGUUCCAGGUUAUGCAGGACAGCCUGAACGCCAACGAGGCGGUUGUGCUCUCCGGCGAGGCAGACGAGGUGCAGGCGCUCUACGGCGCGACGCAGAUCAGCGCUGCGCAGCGCGUCAUGGACUACGGCGACGUGCACCUGGACAACGGGUUCGGCGACUGCACCGAGGCGUCGUGGAAUACUUGCACGGAGCUGAGGCAGGGCGCUGAGAGCCGCGACCAGGGAAAGCUGGGUAAGGUGCUGGGGUGGACGAGCACCGACAUCGACACGGAGCGCGUGGGUCAGCUGCUUGGCACGGCGAACGUCGACGGCAUCAUCUUCGGGUUCCAGAAUGCGGACUAUGCUGAUGAUGAGGUGCCCAGGGCUGCUGGGAAGGAUAUCAUCGAUUUUGUUACGAAGAACUCGGGUUCCAUGCGCAUGGCUAAGGGGACUGAUGUACCUUGGUAA